UCUGGUAAAUUAUAUUGCAGACAAAAUGCAAAAUAAUUGUUAUCGACAACCCAUUUAGCGCAAUUAAAGUUGCUCAAUCUCACAUAGAAUCAAGAAAUAUGGUGAAAUUUUGUUCUACUUCAGGUAUUUAGGUAAAUUCACUGCAAUAAAAAUUCAACAUCAGUUAGUGGCAUACAUGUUAACAAUAGCACUCAAAUUAUUGAUAUUAUCAUUGAUUUAAUACACUUUGUCGAUUUUGUCUCUCAUGUUCUCAUAGCAAGGCUUUUGACAAUCGACGGUGAGAGUAACUUAAUCAUGUUUUUAUCAGAAGUUAAUUGCUAUCUCUAGGUCUAUUGUACUUGUAUUGUAACUUAUUUAUCAUGUUAUUCUGUAAGUGACUAUUUUUAUAAGUACAAUGUGACUUGGACUUGAAGUUGAUUUAUUGAGGUCUCCAUCGGAUUAAUCUUGAGAAAAAUAGUGUGAAUUAAGAUUCAUCCAGAAUAAAAUUGUUCAUGAGUUCACCUUAAUCUUAUACCAUCUUGCAAUACCAACUGAUUGUAGUUUGGUUGAGUUGUAAAAUAAUAUAAAAUAUAAUAAUUAUGCUUUGAUCAAAUUAAUUCAUUUGGUUGUCUUGAGUCGAAGGAAAAUCUCUAAGCUUCGAAUUGAUUGAAGCCUUCAAAGCUUUUUUGUUGUUACUUCUUUACUGUUCAAUAAGUAUUUAAAUUUCAAUAAAAAUGGGUCUUCAACCAACAAUCAGCAAAAAAUCAUCAUUUGAUCGAGCCAAUUUUUUAAGCAAAUUAGUCUUUUGGUGGUUAACAAAAUUUUUCAUUGAGUCUCAAAAUAAACGACUGAAAACUUCUGAUCUUGAAGUUUGUCCCAAGUCGACAGCAUCCGAAUGGAUUGGAAGCAAAUUAGAAAAAGAAUGGGUGAAAGAAUUAAAGAAAAGUUCCAAAGAUCCAAAAGGUGGAGGAAAAAAGCCAAGUCUUGGUUGGGCCAUAAUUAGAGCCAUUGGACCCAAUUACUCAUUUUCAUUCAUACUUCUAGUUUUUCAGAAUAUAUUUCCUUUUGUGCAAACAUUAUUCAUGGGAGAGUUGGUUGAUCUAAUUUACCAAAUGAGUAAAGCAGGAGCUGACAUACAAUCAAUAAAAACUAAAAUCUAUUAUUAUGGAGCGGCAGUCGUCGUCUCUCAGAUAUUGGGUUCAUAUACGAACAACUACUAUUGGUUUUAUGCUCGUAGAGGAGGACUUGAAACCCGUGUUGCCUGUAGUCGCUUGAUUUACCAUAAAACACUGAAAUUAUCUCAGAAGGCAUUGGGCCAAACUACAACCGGUCAAAUUGUUAAUCUACUAUCAAAUGAUGUUGCUCGUUUUGAUUAUGCCGCUGAGUUUCCAUUCUUCUUCAUCUUUGGACCAAUUCAAGUAGUUCUUUAUCUUUGGAUUCUAUGGCCUCAACUCGGUAUUUCUGCUGUGGUCGGUUUUAUAGUUCUUUUCCUUUUCGCUCCUUUCCAAACCUUCAUGGGAAAAGCUUUUGGUAAACUUCGUACUGCUGGAGCUAUCAGAACCGAUGAGAGGAUAAGAUUAAUGAAUGAAUUUAUUCCCGCAAUGAGAGUUAUUAAAAUGUACGCUUGGGAAAAGCCAUUUGCAGCACUUGUGGAUUACGCACGUAAACGUGAAGUAGCCAAAAUCCGAGGAGCCGCUUAUUUGAAGGGAGUUAAUUUAGGUGCUGGAACAGUGUCAGAAAAGCUCAUCAUGUUUUUAAUUUUGGUUGUGUUCAUUUUAACUGGUCAUCACUUGACUGCUAAAACAGUAUUCGUUGCAAUGGCUUUGGUACGACAAUUACAAUAUACAAUCACAUUCUUCAUUCCUUUGGGUAUUUCAUCGGGUGCCGAAGCUCUGAUCUCGAUUAAGAGAAUCCAAAAGUUCUUAGAGCUACCAGAGCUGGAAGAAAAUAAUUCUCAGAAAAGCAAUAAUUGGAAAACUUCAGAACCAGUCAUUGAGUGUAAAAAUGUGGAGCUGAGAUGGAGAGAUGAUCAUGAUCCAGUCUUAUCCGGAAUAGAUUUUAAAAUUACAAAGAAUCAAUUGUUGACCGUUAUUGGUCCUGUUGGUUCGGGUAAAUCUACGCUUUUAACAUCUCUUUUGGGUGAAGUAAAGCCAAGUAAAGGAACAAUGCAAGUUAGCGGUAAAAUGUCAUAUGCAUGUCAACAAGCUUGGAUAUUUGCUGGAACUGUUCAAGAAAAUAUUUUGUUUGGAAAUGAAUUUGACUCAAUUCGUUACAAGCAGGUUAUCCAUGUUGCUGCUCUUGAGAGAGACAUGAAAAUAUUACCUGCUGGGGAUCAGACGGUUGUUGGUGAUCGAGGAGCUUCAUUAAGUGGAGGUCAAAGGGCUAGAAUAAACUUGGCUCGAGCUUUAUAUGCUAAAGCAGAUAUCUAUCUUCUUGAUGAUCCUCUUUCAGCUGUCGAUGCUCCCGUUGCGAAGCACAUCUUCGAGAAAAGUGUCAAAAGCUUUUUAAAAGAUAAAAUUGUGGUUUUGGUUACACAUCAGUUACAAUUCCUUAAACAAGCAGAUCGAAUAUUGUACUUGAAAAAUGAGAAACAAGUUUGUUUUGGGGAUUACACUGAAUUUUUAAAGUUAGGUGCUGAUUUCAUCGAAGGAAUAGCAUCUUCACAACCUGACAAACAUGCUCCAGCUGAAAAGAAGGUCACACGAACAUUGAGUAAACGUCUUAGCCGUCAAUCUUCCGUUGCAUCGAUCAUGACCUCUGCAAGUAUACUAGAUGACGAUAUAGUUGAAGAAUUCAAUCCUCACAAAGGUCACGAAGACGAUGACGAAGAUGCAGAUGCCAAUGAACUUGGAGUUGUAUCGAAAUCUAAUUCUCUUUGGACUUACACCAAAGCUGGAAUCGGACCAUUAUUAUUGCCUUUUUGGUUUAUUUAUAUUAAUGGAGCUCAAGCUCUAAUCUCUUUCAUUGAAUAUUAUUUUUCACUCUGGACCGACUCCGAACAGCGAAGAGCCAUUGCACUCACAUCGGGAAAUGAAACUCAAUUCGUGCCUUUAAAUUUCGUGGACAAUUUCAGUGUCAUGACUAACAUCUACUUCUUUACUGGAUUAACAAUAGCUUUAACAAUUUGGUGCUUAACUCGUAACAUUGCCUUUUUCGCAGCUUGUAUGAAAGCUUCUAUCAAACUUCAUGAUAAUUUAUUUAAAGCUGUUGUCCGAGCUCCAAUCUCAUUCUUUGAUAAUAAUCCACCAGGAAUCAUUCUUAAUCGUGUAUCUCGAGACAUGGGAAUGGUUGAUGAUUUUCUUCCUGCCACAAUGUUCGACACUUUAUUCUGUUUAUCAACUUGUGCUGGACAAAUUAUCUUAAUGGCUGUCGUUAAUGGCUAUCUUGCUAUACCUUCAUUACUUUUGCUCAUUGUUUCAUACAUUGCUCGAGCUUAUUAUGUUAAUAUAGCUCGAGAUGUAAAACGAUUGGAAGGUGUCACCAAAACUCCAGUUUUCUCUCAUUUGUCUACAUCAGUUUCAGGCUUAACAACAAUUCGAGCUUUUGGAGUUGAGAAACGAUUCAAUGAAAAUUUUGAUCUAUUUCAAGAUGAACAUUCUUCAGCUUAUUUCACAUGGAUAGCUUCAUCUCGAUUCUUCAUCAGUCUAGUUUACACCAUUUCAAAUGUUUACAGUGUUCUAGUUAUGGUCAUAAUUCUAGUUGUUAUGGACUCUCUCAAUGGAAGUAGCAUUGGUCUUGUUAUCUCAUCAAGUAUUGCCCUUGCAGGUCUUAUUCAGUGGGGUAUGAGACAGUUGACUGAAGUUGAAACAAUGUUAACCUCAGUUGAACGAAUCGAUGAACUCAGUUACAUCAAACCUGAAGCUGAAUUGGAUUCAACACCAGCAAACAGGCCAUCAGAAUCAUGGCCUGAUAGUGGUAAUAUUGAAUUCAAGAAUGUUUAUCUAAGAUAUGAUCUAUCAAAACCUCCAGUAUUAGACAACUUGAACUUCUCUAUCAAGGCAAGAGAAAAGGUUGGAAUUAUUGGUAGAACAGGAGCAGGAAAAAGUUCAAUCAUGACUGCCUUAUACAGAAUGACUGAACCUGAAGGACGUAUUAUCAUCGACAAUGUAGACAUUUCUCAGAUUGGUUUGCAUGACUUGAGAAAGAAGAUCUCGAUUAUUCCUCAAGAGCCGAUUAUAUUUACGGGAACAGUUCGUUACAAUUUGGAUCCAUUUAGUUUGAAAACUGAUGCUGAUUUAUGGGAGGCUUUGACUCAAGUUCAAUUGAAACGAGCUGUCGAUGAAAUGGGUGGAUUAGAUGCGAAAAUAACUGAUGGUGGAACCAAUUUAAGUGUCGGUCAAAGACAACUUGUUUGUCUUGCUCGAGCUAUCCUCAAUAAUAAUAAGAUUUUGGUUCUAGAUGAAGCCACUGCCAAUAUCGAUCCAUCAACCGAUGAGUUGAUUCAACAAACAAUCCGAAAACGAUUCACUAAUUGUACAGUUCUAACAAUUGCCCAUCGUUUACACACUGUUAUGGACUCAGAUAAAAUUCUAGUCAUGGAUGCUGGUCAUGUUGCCCAGUUUGGUGAUCCAGCAAGUUUAGUCAAAGAUGAAUCUGGAAUACUUUAUUCAAUGGUACAAGCAACUGGAAAAGAAUCAGCUGAAAACUUAAUCAAGAUAGCAAUGAAAAGGCGAUUGAGCCUUAAAGGUUUUGAAGACUCUCAAGAAUAAUCAACAGCCAUACAAUUCUUAAAGAACUUAAAGAAGAAAAACAACAGAAAAGCACUUAAUGUACAGAAAAAACGCAAUUAAUUGUUAAGAAGACAAAUCACAGUCUUUAAUUAUAAAUGUAAAAUCUUGAUCCAGAAUAUCAACUCAAAUUUAAAUCUCCCUUAUUACAAAUGCAAAAAUAUUCAAAUUUUUCAUCUGUAAAAUAGGAGAUUAAAACUAAAAGGUAGUUAAAAUUUAGCUGAGUUCUGGAUCAAAAUUUUCAUCUUCGACGAUGAGUGAAACUAUCAAGUAAAAAGACCAUUAUUAUUUACUCACCUUAGUUGAAACAGCAUUGAACUAAAUUAUUAUUUAUCAUUUAACCCUUAUAGUUUCAUAGACAAAUCUAAGCAAGAAAAUGCUUCUAUUGAUAAUAAGGUUAAAUCAUGGGAAAAUACGUUAUUACAAGGUGAGAGGUUCAAUAAACUUGAACUUCAGAUGAUCGAAACGACUUUCGAUGAUUUUUUGAUUACACAUUUCACAAUUUAAUAUUGUGUUUAACAUUUCACGAUAUCAACGAAACAUUUAACGGUUGAUUCAAUUGUUAACCUUUUCACAAUUGAAGGCAUUUGUCCAUUUCAUCAACAUUAUUUGAAACACAAUAAAUUUGUUGCUUUUGUC